CUCUCGCGAACGCCAUCAUGGGUCGUAUGCACGCUCCUGGUAAGGGCUUGUCCCAGUCAGCUCUCCCGUUCAGACGCAGUGUCCCUACAUGGCUGAAGCUGACGUCCGAUGAUGUCAAGGAGCAGAUCUUCAAGCUGGCUAAGAAGGGUCUGACCCCCUCGCAGAUUGGUGUGAUCCUGAGGGAUUCUCACGGCGUGGCUCAGGUGCGCUUCGUCACCGGUAACAAGAUCCUCAGGAUCCUGAAAUCCAAAGGCCUGGCUCCCGAUCUGCCUGAGGAUCUGUACCACCUGAUCAAGAAGGCCGUCGCCGUGAGGAAGCACUUGGAGAGGAACAGGAAGGACAAAGACGCCAAAUUCCGCCUGAUUCUCGUCGAGAGCAGAAUCCACAGGCUGGCUCGUUACUACAAGACCAAGAGAGUUCUGGCUCCCAACUGGAAGUACGAAUCCUCCACGGCUUCUGCACUGGUGGCAUAAAUGUAAAAACUUUACACAAAAUAAAGAUCAUUCGGAUGA